AAUUAAGAGUAGAAAUAGAAGUUUGGUUUGUCAUGUUUAAAAGAAAAGAAGGUAGAGAAGGUGUUGUGAAAGGUUAAGAUCGAGAAAUUAGGGUGAAGUGAAGGAGAAGCUCUUGAGAAGCAUAUGUCUUUUCAUAUUUAAUAUUAAAAGAGUUGCAUUGGAGCAUGUUGGGUCGGGAAUUAUUGUAGCUGACUUGAAAGUUGAAACUGAAGAUGGGAGAAGCAACAGAAAGAUAUGCAGUUGUGACGGGUGCAAAUAAAGGAAUUGGAUUAGAGAUAGUUAGACAGUUAGCUUCAGCUGGAAUCAAAGUGUUGCUCACAGCAAGAAAUGAGAAGAAGGGUCUCCAAGCACUGGAAACACUCAAAGACUCAGGUCUAUCCCACCUUGUACUGUUUCAUCAGGUGGAUGUGGCUGAUGCAACAAAUGUAGCUUCUUUGGCAGAUUUUGUCAAAUCCAAAUUUGGGAAACUUGAUAUUCUGAUUAACAAUGCAGGGAUUGGUGGAGUUGUAAUUGAUGACACUGAUUUAAUCACUACAGCCAUCAUGAAUCGUGGGGCUAUACCAGAAGAUAAUGGGACAAAGGGAAUAACUCAUACAUACGAGUUAGCUGAAGAAUGCUUGCAAAUAAAUUACUAUGGCGCUAAAAAAACUACAGAAUCCCUUAUGCCUCUCCUCCAAUUAUCUGAUUCACCAAGAAUUGUGAAUGUAUCAUCCACUCUGGGGCAGUUAGAGAGUUUGCCAAAAGAAUCAUGGGCCAGAGGAGUCUUCAAUGAUGUUGAUAACCUUACUGAAGAGAUAGUGGAUGAAAUAUUGAACAAGUUUCUCAGAGAUUUCAAAGAAGGUUCACUGGAAAGUAAAGGCUGGCCUAAGUAUCUGAGUGCCUACAUUGUCUCUAAAGCUGCUAUGAAUGCCUACACAAGAAUCCUUUCUAAGAAAUACCCUUCAUUCUGCAUCAAUAGUGUUUGCCCUGGUUAUGUCAAGACAGAUAUGACUGCCAACACCGGCUUCUUAACAGUUGAAGAAGGUGCUGCUAGUCCUGUGAGGCUAGCACUGCUUCCCAUUGGUAGUCCAUCAGGCUUCUUCUAUUACAGGAGUGAUGUGGCUUCCUUUUGAUUAGUAAUGCAAUGUUAUGCUUUUGUUUGUCAAUUUAUCAUUCUAAAUUACACACAAUGUUUAUUGAGGCUACUUUAAGCACAUUAUAUCAUGUUGUUUACUUCUAUUUAACUUGUGUUAUUUGGAUCUUAAGAAAAUUAGUAUUGCUUUUAUUUUUAUCUCCUUA